UAUCCAUGUUCUAAAAGGGCUGCCCCCCCUCCCCCCUUCUCAAACGAAAUUUCCCCUCCAUUUUCUAUUUUUUCCGCCUUCCUUUGUUUUUAUGCCUUUAUGACACCUUAAACAAACUGCUUGUCCCUCUGUUUCUCGUUCGUUUGGUCUGAAAAUCUACAGAAUCAAUGCAAACACAUCUUCAUACACGAAAUCAAAAGUUAAAUCUUUCUUAGUCUUGACUUUUGUUAUCAAGGGUUUUGAUUUUGUACAAGAGUUAGAUAACUCUCGAAGUUGAACUUGGUUGCAUAUGAGAUGAAACUACCCCAGAAAUUGGCCGAAAUCAUGACUUUCCGGCGUGACAAAUUUUUAAGAUUCCACGAUUGGAGUUCAGAUGAUGGAUCAUUUACAAUGAAACUUAGGCCAUCGUUUGGUGCUGUUAUGGAUCGUGUCCGGAUGGUAUUCGAGAAUUGGUCUGGAAGGAUUAGAAGCUUAAAAAAACCAGUGAUCUUUGGUUCUUUGGGCAAAAAACGACCAAGAAAAGACAAGGCAUUGGGUACCAGGAAGAGGAUUCUUAAUCCACAAGGAGAGUUUCUUCAGACAUGGAACAAAAUGUUCCUUCUUUCGUGUGCCGUUGCUCUGGCUGUUGAUCCUUUGUUUUUCUACAUCCCUGUGGUUGAUGACUACAAGAAGUGCCUUGACUUGGACAAAAGACUGGGGACCAUUGCUAGCGUCCUCCGUACAUUUGUCGACGCCUUUUAUAUAAUUCACAUCGUCUUUCAGUUCCGCACCGCAUUCAUUGCCCCGUCGUCUCGUGUUUUCGGUAGGGGUGAGUUGAUCGACGAUCCCAGGGCGAUCGCAAAGCUGUAUUUGUGCAAGAACUUCUUCAUCGAUAUUCUGGCAAUUCUUCCACUUCCGCAGGUGGUAGUCGUAAUCAUAAUUCCUGCGCUGAAAGGCCCAGUUUCAUUGGUCACAAAGGAGUUGUUGAAAUCCAUUAUUUUCUGCCAAUACGUGCCGAGGAUCCUUCGAAUCAUCCCUCUUUUCAAAGAAGUUACGAGCACUUCCGGUAUACUUACCGAGACAGCAUGGGCUGGUGCUGCUUUGAAUCUCUUCCUCUACAUGCUAGCCAGUCAUGCAGUCGGAGCCUUUUGGUACUUGUUCUCAAUCGAACGACAAGACCGGUGCUGGCGCAAUGCUCUAGGCAGUGGUGACAAAGGCGCUCUGUACUGUUUUAAAGAAACAACCCCGGUAAGAAACGAGACAUUAGUGAAUCUGCUGAAUACUACCUGCCCUUUAACCAAACCCGACGACAUAAACGGUUCUGAUGUCUUCAACUUCGGGAUAUUCAUCGAUGUACUUGAUUCUGGUUUGGUCGGAACAAAGAAUUUUCCGAAAAAGUUCUUUUACUGCUUUUGGUGGGGUUUGCGUAAUCUAAGUUCUUUAGGCCAAAAUCUCAAAACAAGCACUUUCGAGCUUGAGAUACUCUUUGCUAUUGCUAUUUCCAUUGGUGGGUUGAUUCUGUUUGCACUGCUUAUUGGGAAUAUGCAGAAAUAUCUGCAAUCAACAGGAGUCAGAGUGGAGGAAAUGAGAGUGAAAAGGCAAGAUGCAGAGCAAUGGAUGUCCCACAGGAUGCUUCCCGAGAACCUGAGGGAACGCAUUAGGCGAUACGAGCAGUACAAAUGGCAAGAAACCAGAGGCGUCGAAGAAGAGAAUCUCAUUGCUAACCUUCCCAGAGAUCUCAGGAGAGAUAUAAAAAGACAUCUUUGCUUGGAUCUUCUCAAAAGAGUGCCCAUGUUUGACAAAAUGGAUGAACAACUAUUAGAUGCAAUGUGUGAUCGUCUGAAGCCGGUGCUUUACACCGACAAGAGCUGCAUUCUCCGAGAAGGGGAUCCGGUGGAGGAGAUGUUGUUUAUCAUCCGAGGGAAUCUGACAAGUACGACCACCAACGGUGGAAGAACCGGUUUCUUUAACUUGGCUAAUCUCAAGGCUGGUGACUUUUGCGGUGAUGAUCUCCUUACUUGGGCCUUGGAUCCCCAAUCAUCGUCUAAUCUACCGAUUUCGACGAGAACGGUGCAGGCACAGAAAGAAGUUGAAGCUUUCGCUCUAAUGGCGGAUGACUUGAAGUUUGUGGCCUCUCAGUUUCGACGCCUUUCCAGCAAGCAGUUCAUGCACACUUUCAAGUACUACUCCGUGCGAUGGCAGACAUGGGCAGCGUCGUUUAUACAAGCAGCUUGGCGUCGGCACUGCAAGAGGAAGCUUGUAAAGUCUCUACGCGAAGCAGAGGAAUUGGCUUUGAACAAAGAGAGUGAAGCCUCCGCGACGGCGAGCCUUGGUGCCACUCUUUACGCAUCAAAAUUCGCUGUGAAUGCUUUACGAACGCUGCGGAGCAACGGUUCACAAAGCGCCAGAUUGCCUCAAAGAUUGUCGCCGUUGCUUCCUCAAAAGCCAGCCGAGCCUGAUUUUAGUGCUGAAGAAUAAUUUUAUUAGUUUGAUUAAGAGUUUUGAGCUUCCAUUACAAUACAAUAAAUUCGGGACAAGCUUGUUUAUAGUGGUUUAAUCUAAACAUAUGCAUGUAUGGCGUUUGUAAAGGUAAAUAGUUAUUAGAAUGUGCAAGUAUUAAGGA